AUGGGCGGGGCUGCCGCGGGCGGCUUGGUUGGAGCGUCGCCGCAUCCCAGGUCCCGGGAAAGUUUUCUCGGAGGUCCCGCCCAGAGAGGCCAUGUCCCACGGCCCCCGGCAGCCAGGCGGGGCCACCGCGCCUGCGGGAAGCAAGACUCCGGGCCAGCACGGGGCCUUCGUAGUGGCUGUCAAACAGGAGCGCAGCGAGGGCGCCCGUGCCGGAGAGAAGGGGUCCCAGGAGGAGGAGCCCGUGAAGAAGAGAGGCUGGCCGAAAGGCAAGAAGAGAAAGAAAGUUCUCCCCAAUGGGCCCAAGGCCCCCGUCACCGGCUACGUUCGCUUUCUCAACGAGCGGCGGGAGCAGAUUCGCACCCGCCACCCAGACCUGCCUUUUCCGGAGAUCACCAAGAUGCUGGGCGCCGAGUGGAGCAAGCUGCAGCCGGCAGAGAAGCAGCGGUACCUGGACGAGGCGGAAAAGGAGAAACAGCAAUACUUAAAGGAGCUGUGGGCGUACCAGCAGUCGGAGGCCUACAAGGUCUGCACAGAGAAGAUCCAAGAAAACAAAAUUAAAAAAGAGGACUCCGGCUCUGGGCUCAUGAACACACUCCUGAAUGGGCACAAGGGUGUGGACUGUGAUGGCUUUUCCACAUUCGAUGUUCCCAUCUUCACUGAAGAGUUUUUGGACCAAAACAAAGCCCGCGAGGCGGAGUUGCGGCGCCUGCGGAAGAUGAACGUGGCCUUCGAGGAGCAGAACGCGGUGCUGCAGCGCCACACGCAGAGCAUGAGCAGCGCACGCGAGCGUCUGGAGCAGGAGCUGGCCUUGGAGGAGCGGCGCACGCUGGCGCUGCAGCAGCAACUGCAGGCCGUGAGGCAGGCGCUCACCGCCAGCUUCGCCUCCCUGCCGGUGCCCGGCACCGGGGAGACGCCGACGCUCGGGACUCUGGACUUCUACAUGGCGCGGCUGCACGGAGCCAUCGAGCGUGACCCCGCGCAGCACGAGAGACUGAUCGCGCGCGUCAAGGAGAUCCUGGCGCGGGUGGCCAGCGAGCACCUGUGACAGGCCUCUGGGACCGGCAGACGCCCCUCCCCGCCCACCCAGGAGGAAGCUGGGAUCCCCGACGGGCCGCGCCCGGUGCUGCACCCUGAGAUCUCCAGACCUAACCCGCAGUGAAAUCUCAGCGGCAUCCCUUUAGCUUCGCCCUAGGCUCCAGGUUGCAGAGCCUGAGACCUGCCUGCCUCGCGGGGAGGGUCACCCAACAGCGGGAGAGGAGCAGGAGACACCCCACCCGGUGCAGAGCGCGACUCCAGGGCCCGGGGACCCACUGCGCAGGCGCGGGGUGCCAUGGCACAGGGAGGCUGCGGUACAGCCCCCACCCCCAGCGCCUGCCUUCACUCAAUCCGGACUUUUAAAUAAAUGUUCCAUGAAAACAA